UCAUAGCCAAACUCGCGUCUGUUGCCUGGAGGCUUUCAUAACUUGUGCAGAUAACAUCUUGAGGCCGGGAUAUAUCGACCAUGAAACUAGCUGACAAGAUUGCGGCUCACCAGGAUUGGCCGUUCUUCACCUUCGAGUUUUUCCCGCCGAAGACAAAUCAAGGCUUUGAAAACCUCUUGUCGCGGAUAUCUCGCCUUUCUAAGCUCAAUCCUUUGGCGAUAAGCAUUACUUGGGGUGCAAGUGGUACCACGAAGGAUCGCAGUCUCGAACUCGCUGGCCUGACCCAACAGGACUAUGGCGUGGACACUGUUCUGCACCUGACUUGUACGAACAUGGAGAAGGGUACUGUGGACGAUGCGCUGAGGGCUGCGAAGGAACGCGGUAUCCAAAAUAUCCUAGCCCUGCGCGGAGAUCCACCGAGAGGUCAGGAAUAUUGGAUACCAACAGACCCUCGGUUCGCCCAUGGCAUUGACCUUGUGUCGUACAUUCGCUCUUCCCCUGAAUUCUCAUCCGCGUUCUGCAUCGGCGUGGCAGCAUAUCCUGACGGCCACCCCGAUCGUGAGAUGGAUGAAGAUGCUGAGAUUGAUAAGCUGAAAGAUAAGGUCGACGCUGGCGCGGAUUAUAUCGUCACGCAACUGUUUUACGACGUAGACAACUUCCUACGAUGGCUGGGCAAAGUUCGAGACAGAGGCAUCAACGUUCCUGUGAUCCCUGGCAUCAUGCCGUUACAAACCUACUCUUCGUUCCUUCGUUUGACGAAAUUAUGCGGCAGCAAGAUACCCGCCUCGCUGCAUUCAGAGCUUGAAGCUGUCAAGCACGACGACCAACAAGUCAAAGAAUUCGGCAUCAGAUUGGCCACGGAUAUGAUCCGUAAACUUGUCGGUAGUGGCAAAGUCCCUGGUGUUCACUUCUGUACCCUAAACCUGGAGAAGAGUGUGCAACGGGUCCUGGAAUCGCUUGGGUGGACAAACCCUCGUGACACCCCUCGGACCAAGAACAAGCUCAUCGCCGACACUCCCGGUGAUGCGGUACACACGAACUCCGUAGACUCUGAACUCCUAGUGACCCCUAUCACCGCUGCGCACUCAGUAACGAGUGGGUUAUCUUCAGCGCCUGCGGCCGACCGCGAGCUUGGAAGCGGCGAAAUCAAUAGUGCGACCACUUGGGACGAGUUCCCUAACGGACGAUUCGGAGACUUCAAGAGUCCUGCAUUCGGGAAUCAGGAUCAAUGGGGCGGCUCAGUCGUAACGCGACCAGAAGCGACUGACGCUUGGGGAAACCCCAAAACGUUGGACGACCUGACCUCGCUCUUCGUACGGUAUCUCGAUAACUCUGAGAUAUUGACAACACCAUUUACCCAAGGUCCCUUGUCGUCGGAGACUCGUAUGAUUAUCACCCAUCUCCAGCGGCUGAACAAACGUGGCUGGUGGACGGUCGGUUCACAGCCGGCAGUCGAUGGCGCGCCUUCUGAAGACGAAGUUGUUGGAUGGGGGCCGCGCGACGGAUACGUCUUCCAGAAGUGCUUCGUCGAAUUCUUCGCGAACCGGGAGGAUGUGGCCAAAAUCGAGAAGGCUAUCGAGAAGGAGGGCGGAGGAUGGAUCAGCUAUUUUGCUGCUGACCAGAAGGGAGAGUGUCGUACGAACGUUCCAGAUGAUGGUCGGAAUGCAGUUACAUGGGGUAUCUUCCCCGGGCAGGAAAUUGCGCAAUCAACUAUCAUUGAACGCGAAUCGUUCCUGUCUUGGAAGGAGGAAGCGUUCUCUAUAUGGUCAGAGUGGGCAUCGUUUUAUCCACCCGGAUCGGCAGAACGAAAGCUCCUUGAAUCGGUUCGUGAUGAACGGUGGUUAGUAAGCGUGGUCCACCACGAUUUCAAAAACCCGAUGGCUCUAUGGACGUUCUUUGAAGAGUCCCUACUCCGCUGAAAGAAUCCCCGUCAGGAUUUACGGCGACGCCGGGGAGAGGAAGGAUAACGAGACAAUGUAUCAUAGCAAGUACAACUGUUUCAUAUGUCAUAC